CGUAUAUCUAACAAGGAUCAGUGUUGUCACUGCUGUGAGGUAGCUAGUCGACAGCGAGCACACAGGUUGUUCGUACAACGGGAGGGCGAUGACACAACUAUAUCUCUCCGGGCUGCAUGGCCAGCGUGCUAGACCUGCGGUUCAGCAAUAUUGAUCCCCCGAAGAUGCGACUGGGGAACUAUAUGUCCAGGCUUCCAGCUUGCAUUCCCAGCCUUCCAGGCCUUCCUGAAACCAGGUCAAGUAACCUAAUCCUGACGGAAGAUAUUCCGUUCGGGACUGAAAAAGGCUUAAUUGAUCGAAAUCGGAGCACUCAGAAGAUCUGGCCGAGGAGAUUGGUGCUUGUUGACCCAGAACAUGAGUUAUCCAGUUAUUUCACGUUGGCCCUAGGCACAAUGAUGGCGGACGCAAGUUGUUUCCAAUAUAUCUGGAGGAGAGGUAUUGUCAUCUUCCUCCCGAUCGAACCUGCAUUCUUCUCUUGCUGAACCGCAGUUGUUCAACCUACAAGUUCUAUAACCGUCGUUACUGCUGGGAUACGAUAGAGCGCCGGCACGGCGGCAAGGCUCAACUCGAUUUUGUGGGGUGACGACAAUAGCGGAAUGACAAGCGGAAUCAGAAAACCGAAGUCAUGACGGGGCGGCUGUGCGGUGCGACGACUCUCUCCUUUCUAUCAUCGGCCUGUCGAUUACGUACCGACAGACUGAGCGGCUACG